AUGAAGUAUAAUUGGUUAAAAUGUGAAGAUGAAGCGUGUCAAUAUCGUUUUCGGCAAACACCAUUAUCUGUAUUGAACAGUGUUCUAAUAUGUCCCGGUUGUACAAAAAGUGAUUUAAUACCAGAGUAUGGUGAAUCCGCCUUAUACGAACAAAUAACAUUUUUUUUACAUAUGUUCAAUAUUGAAAGAUAUAAAAAAUUAAUGGGAAAUACAAAAUCAAAUCAAAUCGAUAGUGUAUUAAAAUCCUUACCAUCUGAAAUAGUUAAAUUAUUGUGGAAAAAUAUGAAUGAGCUUCAACAGCAUGUUGAUCGAUUUAUUCGAAAAAAUGGUUAUGGUAUUGUAAAUUGUACGCAAUUAUUUGGUCAAUUCUUUAGAGAUUAA